AAGUCAUUAGCAGUCAUGGGGUUCGGACGUUUUGAAAUCGUGAUUGAGAAUCGCAAUGGAAUUUUCUAUCCAGGACAAUCGGUGAAUGGAACUGUGCACGUUACCAACAGCAAAGUCGAAAGUCUUAAAGGAAUUCAAAUCGAAUGCUGCGGCUUGGCAGAGGUUCGUAUUCCCGUGAAAAAUGACAAGAACACGGAAUUUCGCUGCUCAAAUGAACAAUAUUUCGAUUUCAAGUUCUGCCUCUACAAUCCUGGCAAUCAGGUUAUCGAGCUAAGCGUCGGUCGUCAUCAAUAUCCAUUCACUUUUGUUCUACCAACACAAAUUCCUCCGUCGUUCGAAGGAUCUUUCGGGCAUAUUCGCUACACUAUCCGUUCUGUUGCUCAACGUCCGUGGCUCAAACGCGACUACGCAUGCCAGACUAGUCUAGUCGUCGGUUCGAUCGUCGAUCUCAAUACGUUGCCAGCGGCUGUGCUACCAGUCAAAAAGAUGAAAUCAAAAAGACUUGGAUGUUUCUGUUGCACGUCUAAUCCCAUUACAGCGCAUGCAAAGAUCGAACGUGCUGGAUACACUCCGGGAGAGACGAUCUUAUUGAAAGCAGACACAGAUAAUGAAAGUGGAAUUUCCCUUCGAGGUUCUAAAGCGCAAUUUAUCCAGAUUACCAAGUUCAUUGCCGCGGGGGAAACGAAAUUGGACACCAAGGUCCUACUAGUCUACAGUCAUGAACGUUUUACUGAUGCUGACAUUCUGGAGGCGCAGUUCCUUGUUCCUCAGCUACCACCAUCUACACUACCAUUUUGCGGGAUUAUUGACGUAUCCUACCAAAUCCAGUACAUCGUCGAUCCUGGUGCACUUUCAAUUAACUUGACUGUCACACUCGAUUUGCUGAUUGGUACUGUCCCACUUUACUCUCAAGCUCCUAAUUCAACAUCGAAUCCUCCCCGAAUUGGUUUCAAUCCCUGGGUAGUUCCAGGAGAAGACUGGACUACAAAUGCGUCUGCACCUCCUCCAACUUACGAAGAAAGUGUUCAAGCUGCAGUUCCCCUGAAGCCGGCGGCCAAAUGAGUUUCUGUUUAAAAUAAUUAAAUGGUGUGAUUUUACAUUAGAAAAAUUGUAAUUUUGCAAUAAAAGCAUGUUUACAAUCA